AUGUUGGUCAACGAAGCCAGACAAGUACUUCACCGUGCCAGCGCCUUGGCCGCACGUCAUCAGCUGCGUGCAAUUAGCAACUCAACCCAGUUGGAACAGCAGGCGCAGCCCAAAGAGGCAAAGGAGCCACAGAUUAAGAAGUUUGAGAUCUACCGUUGGAGUCCCGAUAAUGCCGGCGAGAAGCCCUAUAUGCAGACCUAUGAAAUCAAUUUGCGCGAGUGCGGACCCAUGGUGUUGGAUGCGCUUAUUAAGAUCAAGAACGAAAUGGACCCUACAUUGACCUUCCGUCGGUCGUGCCGCGAGGGCAUCUGUGGAUCUUGUGCCAUGAAUAUUGGUGGCACCAACACUCUCGCAUGCAUCAGCAAGAUAGACACCAAUACGGCCAAGCCCCUGAAGGUGUAUCCCUUGCCCCAUAUGUAUGUGGUGCGCGAUCUCGUGCCCGACAUGAACAACUUUUACGAGCAGUAUAGAAAUAUUCAGCCCUGGCUGCAGCGCAAAAACGAAGCCACCGAGAAGAAGGGCAAGGCUCAGUACUUACAAUCUGUUGAGGAUCGCUCCAAGCUGGAUGGCCUGUACGAGUGCAUAUUGUGUGCUUGCUGCUCCACAUCGUGCCCCUCGUACUGGUGGAACGCAGAGAAAUAUCUAGGUCCCGCUGUGCUUAUGCAGGCAUAUCGCUGGAUUAUUGACUCUCGUGAUGAGAACACCGAGGAGCGUCUGAGCAAGCUUAAGGAUCCAUUCAGCGUAUAUCGUUGCCACACCAUCAUGAACUGCACGCGUACCUGUCCAAAGGGCUUGAACCCUGGACGUGCUAUUGCCGAAAUCAAGAAAUUGUUGUCCGGCUUGGCUUCGAAGCCGGCGCCGAAACUGGAGACAGCAGCGCUGCACAAGUAAAAUGAUGAUUAAACCUACUAGAUCCUUGUUUGUGAACCCGCAGUAGACUGUAGCAUCAAAUGAUAAUAAUCUAUAACCAGUGCGCGCUCCUGCAACUA